AUGUAUAAAUCAAGCAAACGGAUCAAGCUCGAGAAGGAGAUUUUCUCCAAGUCGAUCAAAGACAUUGAGCGCAUGUUCAAAUUUUCAUACGACGAGGAUGAAGAUGUCAAGCGCAAAUUGCCAUCAAACAACUCCUCACCAUCCAACGAUAGCAAUCCCUCAGCACAAUUUUACCGUCUGGAUCUUCCGGCUGGAACGGGACUUCAAGAGACCACUUUUGAUUACGAUUGUGUCAACUUAUCUUUCAUGUUGUCUGACACACAGAGUGUCUACAAAGAGUGUGAGCCGGUCAAGCCACCAAUCUUGCCAUCCAGCUCACUAAUACCCGGCCAACUUCCAAACAUUAGUGUUGAAAAUUUGCCACGUACUGUGCUUCUAGACCUCAAUGAAGACGACGAUAUGGAAGACUUUAAAUUCGAGCUGGACUUGAAAAGUUACUUACCACGCGUCAACUUAGAAAACGACUUGAACAUGAUCGACCAAAUGUUCAUGCGUCCUUUGCAAUUCCUGAGGUCCGCUUUGUAA